UGGCAGGAACUGCUUCACAACGUUGAACAACGGCGCGGAGGGUCACGUGACAGCAUCUGCUGCUGCCUGCUGGCUGAGCGAAGCGUGUUAGCAGAUUUUUUUUCUAUUUUGUACAUACAUUGUUUUGUAUAUACUGUAUAUCAUGACUUCAGUGAUCAGCAAUCAAGGCCGAGGGACUCGGGACAAGACGUUGCCCACCACCACACAAACGACACAGCCACAGAAACAGAUACAGGCCACAGCAGAACAGAUUCGUUUAGCCCAAGUGAUCUACGACAAAAAUGAUGCAGACUUUGAAGACAAGGUCAAACAGUUGAUUGAAGUAACUGGAAAGACUCAAGAUGAGUGCAUGGUAGCCUUCCACGACUGCAAUGAAGACGUAAACAGAGCCAUCAAUUUUCUACUUGAGAGCACCUCUGACACAAACUCCUGGGAGACUGUGGGGAAAAGGCGUGGCCUUGGAAAGGAAGGAGGGCCCUCGGAGAUAAAGGAAAACAGGGAAAAGAAAGCAGAGAGGGAAGCAAGUCGUGGACGUGGAGGGCUAAACAGGAAGGGCAGAGGCAUCAGUCGAGGACGUGAAGGUCGGUCAGAGGAGAAUGGGUUUGAGGUGGCUCUUGGAGAGAGGGGAGCAGACCGUGGGCGCAGAGGGCGGGGCAGAGGACCAGGUGGUCGUGGCAGAGGAAGAGGAGCUGCUGGUAACAGAUUUUCUUCGCAGGGAAUGGGCACCUUCAAUCCAGCUGACUACACUGCUAACUCUGGAGCUCGGCAGGAGCAUUUCGAAGGGGAUGGCAAUGAAACGGCUGAAGGAACUGGAACAUGGGUAGGCGUUGGGGAAGACUGGACUUCAGAGGACUGGAAUGAGGAUUUGUCUGAGACCAAAGUUUUCACUGCCUCUUCUGCUCCAACAAACCACAUCACACCUGGACACAACGUGGAUCUGGCUAGCCUACUACCCAAGACUGGAGUAGCUGUAGGUUCAAUGGACUCUGACUUGGGGGUGAUAGUUGAAGGCCCCUCGGCAGAAGAUUUGGGCCAAAGCCUAGUGUUCACAAAUUCCCACCACAAUGGACGCACUGCAACACACAGCUACGCACAUGCCACAGCCAACAGCUAUGCCCAUGCUGCCUCUGCUAGCACCACCUAUGCACAUGCUGCUCUGUCCUCAGUCAUAGGUUCUGGUUUUGGUUCCCUGAAUGCACCUAAGCAGACAUCAACUUCUGACAUUCGGAUAUCGGAGCAUCUCAACGGACCUCGGCUUGGUCAGAGAGCCAGUCAGAUGUUGACAACAACUAGCAACAACAGUGUUUCCAAAGAUGCAGGACUACCUCCAAUGCAGAGUCCUGCUCCUGCCUCCUCACCCUCUAUAGAUGCCAAGCUUCUGAGGGUGGAGAAUGGCCCUGUUACAUCCCAACAUUUGGAAAUGAAGCUUCAGCCAGAGCCAUCAGCAGUGCUCAGCCAGCUGGCUCAGAGGCAGCAACAGUCCUCCAUCCUUCCCACAACAGAGCCUCUGGGUCUGUCUCAGUCACAUGCACCACAGGCCCCCACACCACCAGGUCACGAGUCCUCUAUUCUUCCAGCAAGGGAUGGGGCUUCUCCAGGAAAUAAGCAGUCAGGUCUGGAGUCUCCAAUAACUGAACCCCCUCAGCGGCAAUUAAAAACGCAGAGACGGAGAGUUCCUCCUCCCUCAAAGAUUCCAUCAUCAGCUGUGGAGAUGCCAGGCUCAGCCGAUAUAUCUGGCCUGAAUGUUCAGUUUGGAGCUCUCGACUUUGGGCCUGAAGGUGGUAGUGGAUCGGCAGACGUGUCACAGACUGAGCCAACCAGGGAACUCACCCCUGUUCUGGCCCAAGCAACUAUUUCUGUUCCUGCUCCCACACAGCAACCACAGAACAGCAUCUUCUCCAAGCCAGGAGCUGUGAGUGAACACAUGAACAGCUUACCUGUAUCAGAUGCCACCUUCCCUUCACCAUCUUUGGGCUUACCCAGUGCUACUCCCUCCCCCUCCAUUGGGCUUCCCGGUGCAACAGCACCACCUUCAUCUUCCUCUGUUCCUAGUACAGCCGGCCGCGUGGAGAACAGUGGUUCCAGGUCUCUUCCACCCCAUCUUGGCUUCUCGCAAAGCAAAGAUAUUCAGUCAGCUGCUACUGCUCCUUUGACGAAUGGCUACACUGGCAUGAAGACGCAGAGCACACAGGAAACUACAUCGUCAUCUAGAACAACAAAAACAGAGUCUCCUGUUAUGACUAGUGAGAGUGGCUCAGGCCAACAUGUCCCUUCCCCUGCAGUCACACCAUCCCACUCGACACCCAUCCCUUCACUCAGCAGUCAUGUGAGCAGUACUCACCCAUCUGGAUCAGCCCUCACCACAACUUCUUCUCUCACAAUGACCAACGAGGACAGCAGCAACAAUCUCCAUGCCUUUUCAUCAUCGUCGUCCAAUCAAGUUGUCAAUCCCGGUUCAUCAGCUACCCCAACUAUCAGCAGCUCAUCUACCAAUAGUCUGCACCAAUCUGGAGCACCUGGACUGACUCAGAAUGGCACAAACACACUCUCAGCUGCAGGCAGCCGCACAGCACCUCUGCUCACCACCACUUCUGGUAAAGCUCCUCCUAACUUGGCCCAAGGUGUGCCCCCUCUCCUGGCCAACCAGUACAUAAUGGGCCCUGGUGGCUUGCUCCCUGCUUACCCGCAGAUUUAUGGAUAUGAAGACUUGCAAAUGCUGCAGUCUCGACUUCCUUUGGACUACUAUGGUGUAACAUUCCCUGGCGCUACAGCUCCUAUCCCUGGAAGAGAUGGGCUGGUCAACAACCCGUAUUCCGGUGAGGCAACAAAGUUUGGCAGGAAUGACUCUUCAUCCCCAGCCCCUCCGACCAGUCUCUCCACAGCUGGGGGGCAGUCCCAGCCCCAACAGACACAACAGACAGGGACACAAGGGCAGAGUCAGAACCAGGGUCAGCAGACGCAGAACCAGGCCUUCCUCAACCCACCACUGCCCCCUGGCUAUGGAUACACUGGUUUGCCGUACUAUGCUGGCAUGCCUGGCGUUCCGUCAGCCUUCCAGUAUGGCCCCACAGUUUUUGUGCCUCCGGCUUCAGCCAAGCAGCCUGCAAUGGGUAUGGCGAACCCUUCCAAUCAGUACCACCAACAGCAUCAGCCCAGUUAUGGACAGCAUACGUAUGGUACAGCCUUUGAUGACCUGUCUCAAGCCCACGGUGGGGAAUACAGUAAGGCAGGGUACGGAGGCUCUGCCCAAUCACAGGCCAAGUCAGCAGGCAGCGGCCCAGGGAAAGCACCAGGAUUGUCAGGAUCGGGUACCGGUGGUGGAGUGCCUGACAUGGGAGCUUCCAUCUACAGCAAAACACAGUCUUUUGACAAGCAGGGCUUCCACACAGGGACGCCACCUCCCUUUAACCUUCCUUCAGCACUUGGCGGAACAGGGCCCCUGAACCCUGGGACUGCACCUGGUUACGCUCCUGCACCCUUCCUGCACAUCCUGCCUCCACAUCAACAACCCCACUCCCAGUUGUUGCACCAUCAUCUCACACAAGAUGGACAGGGUGGUCCUGGUCAGCGCAGCCAGUCCAGCGGUAUGCAGCAGAAAACCCAAGGCAACAAGUCCAGCUACGGCAGCUCCCCAUACUGGGCAAAUUAAUGAUUGCUUCCCAUUCCCCUCUCCCCCAAAAGGCUGUGUGUGCACAUGAACGCGUGUGUAAAGCUAAUACAAAAAGAAAAAGCUAAUAGAAAGACACACUAUCCUCACAAAGAGCAACCUUGCUCCCCCAUCUCCCCUUGUCCUCAUAAGUCUUUUAGGUUCUCUCUCCCCCCCUUUUCAAAAUUGGUUGUACAUGUAAAAUAUUUAUGUAUGUAUUUAUAUAUAUAAAUAUAUAUAUAUACUGUAUAUGUAAUAGUUGAACAUGAAAUGUGGUUGCAGCAUUUUAUUUUUUGAAGGACUCUUUGUUUACUUUUUUCAAAACUGCAAGUAAAGAUGUUACAUUAAGACAGAAUGAGAUUACAAUGAGGAUGAGAGGGAGUGAAGAGAAUAAAUUAUCAAAUCUUCUUGGAAGAAAUAAGGAAAAAAUGGAAAAGGAGAGAGCAGCAGCACUGAUUUCAUAUGAGGACACUUCAGAUGGGGGUGGGGUUUAUAUUGACUAACUGCAUCCAUCUCCUUUUUUCUUUUUAUACACGACUUCCUGAAUGGCCAAGCUCGUCCCCCUUUAACUUAAUUUUGUGGCUUUCUGUCUUCCCUUCCUGUCUCUCCCUCCCUUCUUCUGGAAGCUGCCUACUCUCUGUGUCAGCACCUUCCCUUUUUAAACACAGACUUGCCCAUUGAAAUUUUAUAUUUUAAUUUAAUUUUAACCCUCAUUUCUCUGGAAAUAAAGUUCUGAGCAGUUGGAA